AUGAAAUUAUCUACUACCCACUUAUUGUCACUCGCUGCUUUCGUGUGCUCCACCCAGGCCACUUGGUCCUUAUUUGAAGACUUGUUCAAAGACUGUUCCCCAGAUGAGGUGCAACCAAUUUGUGACUUCAGUAACAUCUUCUGUGACGACAAUGACAACAACGCAGCCUCCUCAGGUGAUGGUACCCUCAACUUCAAGUCCGCUUUCGUUGUUUCUGGUGCUGAAAAGAAUUCUGACGGUACUUAUAACGUUAUUGCCAACUAUGAGGCCGAUCAAUGCGAUCAAUUGGACCAAUACUUUUGUGAUAAUGUUGAUCAAUUGACUAUUUCUGGUACUGGUUCAUCUGACGUUACCCUUUAUGGAAGUGGUGCUUCAAAUGCAGUUUCCAGUCCUUUCAAAUGGUCAACUAAAUUCCAAUGUCAGCCACAAAUCAAGAAUGGAAAAUGUUGUCUUCCAGAUGAAUUUACCAUUGGGUUCAAAUUCCUUGAAAUUGGUGUUGCUUGGGAAGCUUUGAAAUUGGUUUUCGGCCAUUCUUCGGUCCACUGUGGUAUUAUUUCUCAUUGGGACUUUUUGAAAGUUUUUGACCCGUUGUCUUUGCUCCACCAUGAUUUGUCAUUGUUCAAGAGAGAUGAAGUUGCUGAUGGCGUUGAAGGGUCUUCUUCUUUUGACAAAAGAAGUUUGGAUUUCUUGAAAAAUUUGUUAGGGCAAUGUACUACUCAACACCAAGGUUUUAAGCAAUUCUGUUGGGACUGUGAUUGUGAGACACCAUCUAGUAGCUCCAGCAUCCCACCAUCAAGCUCACCAUCAAGCUCACCUUCUGCUCCACCAUCUAGUUCUCCAUCAACCACACCAUCAAGCUCACCAUCAACCACACCAUCAAGCACACCAUCAAGCUCACCUUCUGCUCCACCAUCUAGUUCUCCAUCAAGCACACCAUCAAGCACACCAUCAAGCUCACCUUCUGCUCCACCAUCAAGCUCACCUUCUGCUCCACCAUCUAGUUCUCCAUCAACCACACCAUCAAGCUCACCAUCAAGCUCACCAUCAAGCUCACCUUCUGCUCCACCAUCAAGCUCACCUUCUGCUCCACCAUCUAGUUCUCCAUCAACCACACCAUCAAGCUCACCAUCAAGCUCACCUUCUGCUCCACCAUCGGGAUCAACUUCAGAACACCUUUCUACACAAACUAUCACCACCCACCCAACAACUGUUGUUACCAUCACAUCUUGUUCUGAAGACAAAUGUCAAACUUCAACAGCUACUACUGGUAUCACUGUUAUCACUGAGGGAACCACUAUUUAUACUACGUUCUGUCCAUUGACUGAAGGAUCUACUCCAGCUGCUCCGGGCACUCAAAGUACCCCAGCUGCUUCAGUUGCUCCGGGCACUCAAAGUACCCCAGCUGCUUCAGUUGCUCCGGGCACUCAAAGUACCCCAGCUGCUUCAGUUGCUCCGGGCACUCAAAGUACCCCAGCUGCUUCAGUUGCUCCAACCACUCAAGGUACUCCAGCUGCUCCAGGCACUCAAAGUACCCCAGCUGCUCCAGGCACUCAAAGUACCCCAGCUGCUCCAGGCACUCAAAGUACCCCAGCUGCUUCAGCUGCUCCAACCACUCAAGGUACCCCAGCUGCUUCAGUUGCUCCAACCACUCAAGGUACUCCAGCUGCUCCAGUUGCUCCAACCACUCAAGGUACUCCAGCUGCUCCAGGCACUCAAAGUACUCCAGCUGCUUCAGUUGCUCCAACCACUCAAGGUACUCCAGCUGCUUCAGUUGCUCCAACCACUCAAGGUACUCCAGCUGCUCCAGGCACUCAAAGUACCCCAGCUGCUCCAGGCACUCAAAGUACCCCAGCUGCUCCAGGCACUCAAAGUACCCCAGCUGCUUCAGCUGCUCCAACCACUCAAGGUACCCCAGCUGCUUCAGUUGCUCCAACCACUCAAGGUACUCCAGCUGCUCCAGUUGCUCCAACCACUCAAGGUACUCCAGCUGCUCCAGGCACUCAAAGUACUCCAGCUGCUUCAGUUGCUCCAACCACUCAAGGUACUCCAGCUGCUUCAGUUGCUCCAACCACUCAAGGUACUCCAGCUGCUCCAGGCACUCAAAGUACCCCAGCUGCUCCAGGCACUCAAAGUACCCCAGCUGCUUCAGUUUCUCAAUCAUCUUCAGCUCCUCAAGUAUCCCAAGCUCCAGCAGGAGGUGCCAGUGAAAACACCGCCUCUGUAUCUACUUUCGAAGGUGCCGGCGCAAGAAACUCAGUAGGAGCCAUUUUGAUUGGUGUUGCUGCAUUGUUGUUCUAA